AUGACAACUGUAAAGCACAGCCAUCACGGAGUUCCCAAGGAGGUCGAGGGAGAAGAUCGUCUCGAAAAUAGACCCGCCCCCGGCGUUUCUUACUUCACUCCUCUACAGGACCCCCCAGCCGGAACCGCACUUGGCAUGAAAGAUGGCAGCGACAACAUUCCGAAGCUCUUCGAGCCACUUAAGAUCCGAGGCCUUACUCUUCAAAACCGCAUUGGCGUACCACCCCUGUGCCAGUACUCAGCGGAAAACGGCCACUUGACCGACUGGCAUCUCACCCACCUCGGCGGCAUCCUACAGCGCGGCCCCGGCCUUACUUUCGUUGAAGCUACAGCAGUUGUGCCCGAAGGUCGCAUUACCCCACAAGAUGCAGGUAUCUGGCAGGACUCCCAGAUCGAGCCUCUCCGCCGCAUCGUUGAAUUUGCACACUCCCAAAACCAGAAGAUCGCUAUCCAGCUCGCUCAUGCAGGCCGCAAAGCCAGCACUGUUGCACCGUGGCUCUCCCAAGGUGACGUCGCAGGCAAGGAUCUCAACGGCUGGCCAGACAACGUGAAAGCGCCCAGCGCGAUCGCAUACAACGACCGCCACGCGCAACCCAAGGAAAUGACCAAGCAAGACAUCGAGACCUACAAGCAAGCUUUCAAAGACGCAGUCGCCCGCUGCCUUAAAGCCGGCUUCGAUGCUAUCCAAAUCCACAACGCCCACGGCUACCUCCUGCAUUCCUUCCUCUCCCCCGCAUCCAACAAGCGCACUGAUGACUAUGGCGGUUCCUUCGAAAACCGCAUCCGACUCACCCUUGAAAUCGUGGAUAUUGCGCGCAGCUCUGUACCUGACGACUUCCCGAUCAUGCUGCGCAUCAGCGCCACCGACUGGCUCGAGGAGACCGACGAGCAAGGCUGGACCCUCGAAGAAACCAUUAAGCUCGCCGAGAUUCUAGCUGAUCGUGGCGUGGAUCUCAUUGAUGUCUCCUCCGGUGGUCUCCACGAGAAGCAGAAGAUCAAGGGCGGCCCCGGAUACCAAGAGCCUUUCGCCAAAGCCGUGAAAGAGAAAGUCGGCGAUAAGAUGCUGGUUAGCGCCGUUGGUAACAUCACCGAGGGUAAGCAGGCGAACGGCUAUGUCGAGAACGACAACAUCGACUUCAUCUUUGUCGGGCGCAUGUUCCAGAAGAACCCCGGGUUGGUAUGGACGUUUGCGGAUGAGUUGGGUGUGGAAGGGCGGUGGGCAAACCAAAUCCGAUGGGGAUUUGGUGGAAGGGGGAAGAAGUGA